GGUUCCGGGUUCCCGGAGAGCCUGAGGGGGGCAAGGUGGCUGCCGCUCGCGAGUCGUCCGUCGUCGUCGUUUUCUCCGCCGGGGAGCCCCUGAGCAGGCCGGGAGAGCAGCUGCAGAUAUGGAUAACAGGCAUGAAGAGAAAGAUGGGACACUGUGUGCAACAUCACAAGAGAAGAUAAAAGCCAGAGAGAGAGAGAAGAAAAAGCGAAAACGUAGCAGAAGCAGGUCAUCCUCCAUUUCUUCCACUACGUCUUCUAAUUCUUCAACAUCCUCCUCUUCAAGUUCUUCUUCGAGGUCUUCCACCUCACGUAGCAGAAGCAGUUCAACUAGUACAGAUUCUCCCAAAUCAAAAUCAAAGAAGAGGAAAAAGGAAAAACACAACAAAAAGAAGAGGAAAAAAGAUAAGCUGAAGAAAAAGAAAGAAAAGAAAAAAAAGAAAGAAAAGUCAGGACCCGUACAGCUUUCUAAGUACUUGAAAGAUAAAAAGAAGAAUCAAAACUACAGUAUGAUCACAGGAAAGAAAAUUAAGAUGAAAAUAAAGAAGAGUAAAAAGGAUAAAGAGCGAGAUCGAAACCGUGCUGAACUUCUUGAUUUCUUAAACUCUGCUUUGUAGUGAAAGGGCUACUAAGCAAGGACCAAUAAAUCCGUCAACCUUUGUGGUUAUCCUGCUCCUCAAAGCAUUAAACACAAGCUUAGAGUGAGGGGGUGAAAGUACACUUCAUGUGUGCUGAGCUGAAGCUGUCCUGCUGUGAAGAUAAUUGAGACCUCCUUCACAACAGGCAAAGUAAAGAACUGACAACUUGCCACCAACAAAGAGCCAUAUUGCUGUUUUUGUGACCCUAACAGAACUAGGGUGAAUGCUGAAAAAUACUCUGAAGUGAGAUGACAUGAUUGAAUUUUGGCCUACUGUGAAUAACCCAAACUGCAUGCAGAAUACAACAUCGGUUGUCCUUUGUCGUUUUUCAUGUUAAAGCUGAAUACUUUGCAAAUCAGCUCUUUACAAAACAAGCGUACCUGUGUGUAUAUAGAUAUUUUUAGUAUUGAGGAUAUUUGUUUGUAAACAGCCGAAUACCUUUUUCUUUCUCAGUAGUGUGUAUUUUAGCAGAAUUAAUACAGUAGUACUUUUUAAAACAUUGUUUCUUCAGUGUAAUGUGUUUUCCUUUCAAAGUCGGUGACACCCUAAUGGCAGUUUAAUAACUCGGUGCUAGGCAUUUAAUUAAAAUCUGGCAUAAUCUAGCCAUUAUGUGAAUAUUCUGAAGCUAGCUUGCCUUGUGGUGUGGAGUUUACUCUUUUGUGUUGAUCACCACUGCUUGCUUUUUUGUAUGAUCGUCAAUAAUCUAUAUUCUAGCCUCUCCUACAGAGAGGUCUAUACACACUAUGAGAAUCCCAGUAGGCCAUCAACUUCAGUAGAGUUCAGCAGUAUGUCACACAGACCUCUGUACAGAGGACUGGUCAUGUAACAUGACCUCACAAUGUAUAGACUUCUAUUUUGAAAGAAAAUCCAAAUAAAAUCUGUUGCUUCUGAA